AAAAAAUAAGCUGAGAAUUGUUUGAGAGAGAAAAAACAAAGAGAGAUAUAGUCAAAAACAGAAACCCACAAAGAAACCACCAUUUUUAGGACCAGAAUAACGCGUGCUGAAUAAGCCAAAAACCUCUUCACAACACACACAGUCACACAGUAACCCUUGUUCAGAUCUCACGUUUUUCUCAUCUGGGUCUUCAACAAAUCAUGAAUUCAACAACCCCAUUUUAUAUUUUUCGUCAGAUCUGAUAUAACUUUGUUCAUUUUCAGCACUCCAUUAGUUCAAAAAAAUAUAGUAUAAAUAUUCAUAUUGUGCACCAAAUUGUCUUAAAAUGCAGACUGGAAAUGCUACUGUUGGGUCGUUGAUGCCGGAGAAAAUGCCAGUGCAACAGCAGCAGCAGUGGUUUUCUCCACAGCAAAUGGAUGAGAGGGAUGGAUUUAUAUCGUGGUUAAGAGGGGAAUUUGCAGCAUCGAAUGCGAUAAUUGAUGCGUUAUGUCACCAUUUGAGGUUAGUUGGUGAGGCUGGUGAAUACGAUGGGGUGAUAAGUUGCGUACAACAAAGGAGAGGGAAUUGGAGUAGUGUGUUGCAUAUGCAGCAGUAUUUUUCAGUAGCUGAAGUGAUUUAUUCAUUGCAUCAAGUGGAAUGGAGGAAGCAACAAAAGGGGUUUGAUGGAGGGGGGGUGGGUAAGGGGGGAAAGAGGAAUGGUGGGGGUAGAGGGGGUGGGGCAUGGAGGAAUGAGGGAGGGAAAGAUGGAAAAGAAAGUCAAGGUCAGAAUUUUAGUAUGGAUGGUUAUGGUAAGACUAAUGGGGUUGAAAAGAUUGAUGUUGUAGAAGUUAAGCAAGGGGAGAAGAAAGAAUUGGUUGGAAAUCCAGAAGCAAAUAGCUCACUGAAGAGUUCAGUUUGCACAGAAUCUAGCGAUUCACAAGGUGAAGUAGACAAAACUGAUGAUAAACAUGAUUCAAACUCCGAAGGGUCUUCUACUGUGGAGAACGAAUCCCAUUCCAUCCAAAUACCAACUGAGAAGCAGAAUGUUGUACCCAAAACUUUUGAUGCUAAAGAGAUACACGAUGGAAAACCGGUUAAUGUUGUUGAAGGCAUGAAACUGUACGAGGAAUUGCUAAACAGUUCAGAAGUUUCAAAACUUGUUACUUCGGUAAAUGAUUUGAGAGCUGCUGGUAGAAGAGGACAGCUUCCUGCGCAGACAUUUAUAAUCUCAAAGAGACCUAUGAAGGGGCAUGGAAGGGAGAUGAUCCAGUUGGGCCUUCCCAUUGUAGAUGCACCUCCUGAGGACGAAGCUGCCAUUUCCACAUACAAAGACCGGAAAACGGAAGCGAUUCCUGGCUUGUUCCAAGAUGUUAUUGAUCGACUGAGUGCUAUGCAAGUAUUGUCUACAAAGCCGGAUGCUUGCGUUAUUGAUAUCUUCAAUGAGGGGGACCACUCACAGCCUCAGUUGUGGCCUUAUUGGUACGGGAGGCCAAUAUCUGUGUUGUUCUUGACGGACUGUGAAAUGACUUUCGGUAAGGUGAUUAACGUGGAUCAUCCAGGAGAUUAUCGAGGUUCUCUCAAACUCUCUUUUGCACCAGGAUCCGUACUUGUAAUGCAGGGAAGAUCAACUGAAUUUGUGAAAUAUGCAAUUCCAUCCAUUCGGAAGCAGCGAAUACUUGUGACCUUUACAAAGUUGCAGCCGAGAAGAAUCAAGUCUGGUGAUAGUCAGCGUUUCCCUUCAUCUGCAGGAGGUCCUGUCCCCCAAUGGGUUCCUCCUAGCAGGUCACCGAAUCAUAUGCGUCGUCCUUUUGGGCCCAAGCAUUAUGGUUCCAUGCCAACAACUGGUGUAUUACCUGUUCCAGCUGUUCGUCCGCAGUUAGCUCCUGCAAGUAUCCAGCCAAUUUUUGUUCCUGCAGCGGUUGCACCAGCUAUGCCUUUUCCAGCACCAGUUGCCCUUCCACCUGCCUCAGCUGGAUGGGCAGCACCUCCUCCUAGGCAUCCCCCACCCCGACUGCCACUCCCUGGCACUGGCGUUUUCCUUCCUCCAGGCUCUGGACCUUCAGUUGCUGACAACAUUCUUGCCGAAAAUCCAACCUCAGAAAAGGAAAAUGCUGCAGGUUCUCUUAGUGAUUCAACUGUUUCUCAGAAAGAUAUCACAGAUAGCAGUGAAGUACAAACACAAGAGUGCAAUGGAAAGGCAGAUGCUAAUCAUGCCGAGAAAGCAGUGGCUGAUGAAGAACGACACUAACGUGUUGAUUUCAGCAGCAGUGCAGAUGCCAAGUUGGAAAAAGGGCAAACUUAUCGUUUGGAGCGGAAGGUUUAGGCUACAAACUGCAGUGAGUUUGAAGAAAAUGUAAAGAGCGGCGAUUGUUCAGACUUAUACUCAGCACAUCUAGCAGAGCAAGGGAAGGGAGUUAGUUAUCUAUUCUUCAUGCACCCCUUUGCUUGCUCUUCCUUUUUGUCGUCUUAUCAAACAUAUAUUAUAUCUUAUAUAUAUCUCCUAUAUUAGAUGAGGAAACUUAGUUACAAACUUUUAUUGUAGCUCCACAGAAAAGUUUUAAUAGUAUUAUUUCUUUUUGUCA